AUGCGGCUACGACCUUCAAUACCGAGAACUAUUGGAACUUUCUUCUAUAGGCCAACUAGUUCUUGUCUAUUUCGGCGAUCAUUAUAUCUGAACACCAUUUCACAACCUUCCCGUCCGCAACUCUCCUUCCUUCCUAUUUUUACACGACAGCCUACAACGCGCCUGAUAUCGACGGAAACUAAAGAAUGGCUAAAACAAGAAAUCAAGAUUGGUGUCAGAUACUCUGCAAUAAUUACAGCAACUGGAUUCUUGCUAUUAGUUAUGGCAACUGGAAUUCAAGAGGAAUACCGCGCACACAAAUAUCCCACUCCUGAUGAAUGGAAUUGGAAUACAAGAUUGGAAACAAGAGCUGCCAAGGCACGCGAGGAUAGCGAUGACCCUUGGAUCAAGAAUUGGUUGAUGAUAGGUAGCUCAUACAAAAGGGUAAUUGGAAAACUUCAUGAUUCUAGUCGCGAAGGACAGCGAAUAGUCGAACAAUCCGAAAGUACUUCUGCUUUGCCUUUCGAUAUAGAAGGAAAGUUAGGAUAUGAUGUUUCUCAAAAUUCAGAGCCUUGGAGGCGUGGAUAUUAUGAAGUUCUGGCAGGGCUUGUACGAGUUGCCGAACAGUUAGAUGAUUACGUUAGAGACAAAGCUUUAGAUAAGUUUAUUGCUUGGCCUGCAAGCUCAGUGACGGGUCCUUCUAACCCAAAACCUCGGCCCCUACCGGUCAACAUGCCUCCUCCACCAGCUGAGGACGAUUGUGUGAAGGCAUUUGAGAGCCCGGAGGUCUACUAUAAGUUAAUCCUUACGACUAAGGGGUUCACAGAAAAACAACGAGUUGAUUCAGCAAUUGCCUAUGGAUCAUGGCUUGAGUACAAAGGAAAGCCAGAACUUGCGGAAAAAAUGUUCAAGUGGGCUGUGAAUAUCGCAUCAUCUUCUCAGGAUACUUCAUCGUCCAUCGUUGAUGCAUCGACCUAUGUUAUCAAGGCCAACCACUGUCUUCCAAGUGAAAACAUCCUGUCUUCAACGACAGCUUUAGCCAUACAUUAUGCUACAAACUCUAGAGUUGAUUUAGCUCUACCUAUAUUUAUAACUAUACUCCGGUCCCGAAAAUCUCUCCCAAAGCCAUCGCCUACCAUGCUCUCUACAAUUGAUACGAACGAUAAAGAUACAAAUCCAUUAUGGAAAGAAGCUCUUGUAUUCAUAAAAAAAUGCUUCACCCCGCCAAAGUAUCCACCACCGCCUAGCGAUGGCUCACAACCUCCAAAUCAGGAUUCUAAAGGCUACUGUGAGAUGGCAGGUACUAUGUUAAAUAUUGGAGAAAUUUUAUACUCUUUAAAUCAAUCAAAAUCUAAUCUAGAAGAUGGAUUAGCUUGGACUCGUGAAGCAGUAGAUAUUGCUGAGGUCGAAUUACAAAAAGAUAGUGGAGAAGACACCAAAGAAACUUGUAAACGAUGUUUAGAAGCUGGCCUAGAGAACUGGAUGAUUAUGGUGAAGCAACUAGCUGAAAAAGAGAGAAGAAGUGGAGAAUCAAAGCCACAAGGCUUAUUUAAUUUUGGGAAUUUUCCACAGCCUGGUUCUGGAAGAUGGGAACGUGAGGAAGAAGUAGUUAAAGAUCGAAUAAUUCGUACCAGCAGUCUUCUAUCCCCUUCAAAUUGA